AGGAGAAAUCAACCCAAUUUAUCAUUUAAAAAAAAAAAAAAAAGAGAAAGGAAAUUCAUUCAAAUUUAUACAAAUUUCCCAAUUCCAUUUCCUUCAAUUCACAACAAAUUGAUUGUUUGAUAGUGAGAAGAGGGACCCUUUUCCCCAAAUUUGUUUGUGAAACGGGAAGAAGAAAGAAACCCUAGAAAAGGGGUAGGGUUUGUCUGAAUUGUGUGUUGUAAGAAUUGGAAUUGAAUAAGCCCCAAAGUUGAGAGGAAUGGAGGGACUGCCACCACACCCGGUACCCAGAACUGUUGAAGAGGUCUUCAGCGAUUACAGAGGCAGACGUGCCGGCUUGAUCAAGGCCCUCACCACCGAAGUUGAAAAGUUCUACCAGCAGUGCGAUCCUGAGAAGGAGAACUUGUGUCUGUAUGGACUUCCAAAUGAGACAUGGGAAGUUAACCUGCCUGUUGAGGAGGUACCUCCUGAGCUUCCAGAACCAGCAUUAGGUAUAAACUUUGCUAGGGAUGGGAUGCAAGAGAAAGACUGGUUAUCACUGGUUGCUGUGCACAGUGAUUCAUGGUUGCUUGCUGUUGCAUUCUAUUUUGGUGCCCGCUUUGGGUUUGGUAAGAGUGAAAGGAAGAGGCUUUUCCAGAUGAUAAACGAGCUCCCAACCAUAUUUGAAGUUGUGACAGGAGUUAAGCAACAAAGAGAUAUGUCUGGUAAUCACAACAACAGCAACAAAAGCAAAUCAAGUGGGAAGAUGUCUCGGCAACCUGAACCCCAGACCAAGGGAGUAAAGGUGUCUCCCCCAUCCAAGGAAGAAGACGAGAGUGGGGACGAAGAUGCUGAAGAUGAUGAACAAGGAGCCAUCUGUGGAGCUUGUGGGGAUAACUAUGCUAAUGAUGAAUUCUGGAUUUGCUGUGACGUGUGUGAGAAAUGGUUCCAUGGCAAAUGUGUUAAGAUUACACCUGCAAAGGCUGAGCAUAUCAAGCAAUACAAGUGCCCGGGUUGCAGUAACAAAAGGGCUAGAGUUUAAAAUCUAGGUUUUGAGGUUGGAGAGAAACAUCAAUUGAACAAAAGACAUCUAAGGGUUAGAAACUUUUUGGAUACUAUUUGCAAGUGAGGAAAGACAAGACAGUGCUCCAUUUUAGUUACGAAUUAGAAUGCCUGCAGAUGGGAUUUUUAUUUUGCUACUCUUUUCUGUUAUCUGCUUUAUCAUGAGAUAAUUGGGAAUUGUGUUUUCAAAUACUUCUUAACCAAGACAUGAUAUAUAACAGUUUCCUGCAUCUCUUCUUAGUUUGAUUUGGAUGUAUAUCA